AUGCCCUCGGCAUCCGAACACCACGACAUCCGCAUCGUCUCCGUAGACGUCAUCCCCCCGAUGGGAUAUCCUUUUCUCAGCAUUAAGGAACCCGCCACCAAAGUCCAAUUUGCUAGGGAAAGAACUCUUGCGUGCGGGAAACCUUUGUAUGAAGUUUGGGACUUCCGAAAGCGCAGACUGCUAGGCUAUAAUAUCCCCACGAGUGUCUUUCAAGAAACCAGAAAACAUCACGAUUGGCCUGUGGAUCUUAAGGAUUGGACUGCUUUGCCGUGCGAGACAAGACAUGAGUUUUUCAAGACGCAACAGUUGGUCACGGAUCUGUUCCCCGGAUUACCGAUCGCUUCGAGUAAAAGCAUCACCGAGAAAUUGAUUCAGCAGAGUUAUCGGGGAUAUGUCAGUAAUGAAGAUAUUGAAGAAGAGGUUGUGAAGCAUGCGAAGUAUUGCUGGACCGCGUUUCUGCCUCGCAUGGAGCAUAAGAGGAGAGAGGGCAAGAUGAGUGUGUGGGAGGAAGAGACGGUGGAUGUCUCUGUGAGAUCAAGAAUCAGAAGUGUGCUUGGAGAAUGGAUGAUGCAGGAUAACAGUACGAAGAAGGAGAAUUUUUUUGGGCGGCAUGGGUUGUUGGAAGUUGUGAGGAAAAGGGAUUCACUUGGUGCCGAAGUGGAAUAUGAAGGCGCUAAGACGUAUGGAGGGAAGUUGGUGUGGAUGAAUGAUGGCAGUAUGAGUAUUGUUGGUGCUGAGACGGUGGCGGCUGGACAGAAACCUACGAGGAGAUUUCUGUAG